CCAGAAGGCCAGAAUGCGAAGACGUUGCGGCUAUCGUGGAACAAACAGAGCCGCGAAGGAAGGGUAGUGGCUACUCUCAACUCUACCCUCCGGUCGCUUAUUCAUUCGUUCAGCUUGAUUAACCAAAACCAGGAAAACGAAAACAACAUUGUACUGCUUUUUUUCCCCUCGAAUGGCGCAGUUUGCAUUGUCUGCUUCAGCAACACUGACGCCCUUCGAACUUAUUCCAGGAGGGGCAAAAUAUUGGAGCAAACUAUUUGCUGGUUCUUCAAGAAGAUAUGCAGGCAAUACAAUUCCAUUCACAAGAUCCCCAAGGAAAGGACUCAGCUUUAUUGCAUUGGGCACAACAAUGAGAAAUGGGGACAUUAUGCAGACGAUUGAAGGAGAAGCAGUACUGCCAACAUAUGCAUGGCCUGAUAAGCAGAAACCACGAGUUUGCAUACUAGGAGGAGGAUUUGGAGGCUUAUAUACAGCUUUAAGAUUAGAAUCUCUUGUGUGGCCUAAUGAUAAGAAACCUCAGGUACUUCUUGUAGAUCAGUCUGAUCGUUUUGUUUUUAAGCCUAUGCUGUAUGAGCUUCUAUCUGGAGAAGUUGAUGCAUGGGAAAUAGCACCCCGUUUCUCAGAUUUGUUAGUGAACACCACUGUGCAGUUUUUCAAGGAUAGAGUGAAAUUUUUACAGCCCACUGAUCAUUUUGAGAUAAAUCAGCUGACACAAACCCGUUCUGGUGGAAUGGUGCAUCUUGAAAGUGGACUACUUAUUGAAUAUGAUUGGUUGGUUCUUGCUUUGGGAGCUGAAGCCAAACUUGAUCUUGUACCAGGUGCUGCAGAGUUUGCAUUGCCUUUCUCCACCUUGGAGGAUGCAUGUAAGGUUGAUGAAAAAUUAAAAGCACUUGAGCGGAAGCAAUUUGGUAGUAAUUCAUCUCCAAUACGUGUGGCAGUUGUUGGCUGUGGCUAUUCUGGUGUUGAGUUAGCUGCUACGAUAUCAGAGCGUCUCCAGGAUAGGGGAGUUGUUCAGGCAAUUAAUUUUGAAACUACAAUAUGUCCAACUGCUCCAUCUGGAAAUAGGGAAGCAGCUUUAAGAGUUCUCUCAUCAAGGAAUGUUCAGCUUUUCCUGGGUUAUUUUGUAAACUGCAUAAAAAAAUGUGGUGAGGUUGAGGUUUCAGACAAUGUGACAAAAACAUUAGAGGGUAGGGAUACUGCAAGACAACAUGAUCAUGAUAAACUUAUUCUGGAACUUCAACCUGCUCAAAGAGGCUUAAAAAGUCAGAUUCUGGAAGCAGAUUUGGUACUAUGGACAGUAGGUAAUAAACCUCUAGUGCCUCCACUUGAAUACUAUGAUCAGCCACUAGCAUUUCCUAUUAAUGGUAGGGGCCAAGCAGAAACAGAUGAAACUCUCCGUGUCAAAGGCCAUCCACGCAUAUUUGCUGUGGGUGACUCUGCUGCUGUAAGGGACUCUUCUGGAAAGCUUCUUCCAGCCACUGCACAGGUUGCUUUUCAGCAAGCAGAUUAUGCUGGCUGGAACAUUUGGGCAGCAAUCAAUAACCGGCCUUUGUUACCGUUUAGAUUUCAGAAUCUGGGAGAAAUGAUGACCCUGGGAAGGAAUGAUGCAGCACUUUCUCCGAGCUUUAUUGAGGGGCUAACAUUAGAGGGACCCAUUGGCCAUACAGCGAGGAAGAUAGCAUACCUGAUCAGGUUACCAACAGAUGAACAUCGGGUUAAAGUGGGAAUAAGUUGGCUUGCAAAGUCCGCUAUAGAUUCUGUUGCAUUGUUGCAGAGCUCACUAACCAAAGUCCUUUCAGGCUCUUAGAUACAUCCUUAUUCACUUGAUGAGGAACUAGUAGCUGUCUAUUUCUCUGCUUACACUAUUUGUUCACUGUCAAGGUUGUUGAUUGAAUGGAAUGGAAAAAUGGGAUUCUUGUGGCUGAUGCAAAUAGUUGGGUAAAGACUGCUGAUUGGAGUGGAGUUGUAUUUAUCCCUUAAUAUUCGAUUCUAAAAUUCAGUUCACUGUAAGAUAUGCUUUCUAUCAAUGUGAGAAGAUACAUGUAAAUGGCCAA